GUUACGCAAACCGCAAACUCCCCAUUACAACACUUUUUUCCUUCAAAUCGCAACCAAACCAAAGUUUUCUUAUGUUUAAAAGAAAAAAAAAAUCCGAAUUCCAUGAACCACGGAGAUGAGGGAGAUGUGGAGAUGUUCAGUCAUGAAGAGCGUGAGGACCCUGGCUUGCGUCCGCUUCCAGAUACUCAGCAGGAGGUGACCUCAACAUCUGGACCUGGUGAUCCUUCAAAUUCGGUUGAUGAAACUAGCUCGCCAGGUUCUGAAGUUACUUGCCAGCCAAAGACUGAUUUGUUGAGAACUAUUGCGGUUUUCACAGCAGCUUUAACGGGGACUUUGGCUAUUAGCCUAUCAUGGGUUACCCACAACCAGGAUAUUGCUAUGGCAUUGCUUUUUGCAGUAGGAUAUUUGGGCAUCAUCUUUGAACAGUUUCUAGCAUUCAGUAAAAGUGGAGUAGGAUUGUUGAUGGCUGUGAGUUUAUGGGUAGUAAGAAUCAUUGGGGCUCCUUCAACUGAUAUAGCUGUUUCAGAGCUGAAACAUGCAUCUGCAGAAGUCUCUGAAAUCGUGUUUUUCUUGCUUGGUGCAAUGACCAUCGUAAAGAUAGUUGAUGCCCAUCAAGGAUUUAAGCUGGUUACUGACUAUAUAACCACUCGAAAGCGAUGGAUUCUGCUUUGGGUGGUUGGCUUCGUGACCUUUUUCCUUAGUUCCAUCCUUGACAAUUUGACAUGUACAAUAGUCAUGGUUUCUUUGUUGACGAGACUAGUACCUCCAUCAGAAUACCGCAAGCUUCUAGGAGCUGCUAUUGUAAUAGCAGCAAAUGCUGGUGGUGCUUGGACUCCUAUUGGUGAUGUUACCACUACCAUGCUAUGGAUUCAUGGUCAAAUAUCCACAUUGCAGACUAUGAAGAGUUUGUUCCUACCUUCAAUUGUUUCUCUAGCGGUCCCACUGGCUCUAAUGUCUUUGACUAGUGAAGUUAGGGGGAAGGGACAAGAUUCUCCCAAUGUUUGCGCAUCUGACCAAAUGGCUCCUGGAGGGAAACUUGUUUUCUCUGUGGGUAUUGGUGCUUUGAUUUUUGUUCCAGUGUUCAAGGCCUUAACUGGUUUGCCUCCUUUUAUGGCCAUUUUAUUUGGACUUGGAGUUCUUUGGAUACUGACUGAUGCCAUUCAUUAUGGUGAACGGGAAAGGCAGAAAUUUAAAGUUCCACAAGCUUUAUCAACGAUUGAUACUGAAGGAGCUCUUUUCUUCCUUGGGAUUCUUUUGUCUGUGAGCAGCCUAGAAGCAGCAGGUCUUCUUCGGAAGUUGGCAAAUUGCCUGGAUGCUCAUAUACCUAAUGUUGAACUGAUUACAAGUGCAAUAGGAGUUGUGUCAGCAAUUAUUGACAAUGUUCCACUGGUUGCAGCAACAAUGGGAAUGUAUGAUCUCACCACUUUUCCCCAGGAUUCUGAGUUUUGGCAACUUGUAGCAUAUUGUGCUGGUACUGGUGGAUCCAUGCUAGUUAUUGGGUCUGCCGCGGGAGUUGCAUACAUGGGAAUGGAAGAAGUUGACUUCUUUUGGUACUUGCGAAAGGUAAGCAGUUUUGCUUUUGCAGGUUAUGCUGCUGGUUUUGCAGCCUAUUUAGCAGUUAAGAAGCUUCACAUCUCCUAACCCUCAACCUUAACUGAGGUUCCCUUCCUUUCUGGUUCAUAAUGCUACAGCUUGAACUUAGACUUGGCCAUUUUUAUUUUUAAAUCUAGUGGAAGAGGAGAUCUCCCAUAAUAUGUACAACGUAUUUAGUCUUUAGAAUUGAAGAAAUUUAGGAGGAAAAGGUUGAUAUAGUUCUUGAUCUCAUGUCUGCAAACAUUAUGGUCAUUCUUGUCAGAUAUGUAAAGAACCAUGAAUUAAGCAUAAUAUGUCAAAAAUGAUGGUUUGCCAUGAAAUUGAAUUCACUGGAAAAUGUCACGAAAGCAAU